AUGGAUCCGAGAUCGAACCUCUCCGGCACCCCCGUCGGCGGCGGGCCCUUGCAGACAGCCUCGCCAGACCGGGUCAACCAGUGCUGCGACGCCGUCAUGGCCGCUACCCGCGCCGAGGGCCGCGACAACUCGGUGCAUGAUAAGAUCAGCCAGUUCAACAACCUCAGCGUCGCCAUGCAGUCCAAGCAGCUCGAGCGCAAGACGGCCGACGCCGCCCUCAAGAGGGCCAUGGUCGGCCGCGAGGAGGCCGAGGCCGACCUGAGGAAUCUUAGGGAGGAGAUGCGGCUGCUGCAAAAGGUAGCCCAAGAGGGCAAGGAGCGCGAGAGGCGCGUUGGCGAGCGCCUCGAGACCGUCAUGGAAAACUACGGGCGCGCCAAGGAGACACAUGCUCAUACCCAGGCACUGUGGGAAAAAGAAAUCCGGCGAGCGCGAAAAGAAAACUUCAAGACGCAGUCCGUCAUCGUCAAGCUGCAAGAAGAGCUCAAAACCGCGCGGAGUGCCGUCAAGAUCUUGGAGGAGACGAUCGAGCGAGAAAAAGAGCGGAGCCGUGUCCGAGAAAACGAGGCGUUUACGGCGAGAUAUCAACUUGUCGGCGUGCAGGAACAGCUCGACGAAGCGCUCGAGCGCAUCAAGAUUGUGGAACAGGAGCGCGAUGCCUUCAAGACGGCCGCCAAGAACGAGGAGGUGGCCCGCAUCGCCGCCGAGGGACGGAUCCCUCUCCCCAGAGCCGAGGAUCCCAGCGACGAGUUUGCUUCGCCAAAGAAGAAGACGACGACGGCCAUCAAGUACCAGAGCGAUGCGGAUGCGCGACUGUCGCUGACGACAAUGGACCUCGUCUCAUCAGCCUCCAGCGAAUUGGAGAUUGAGGAGCUGACCACACAGGUCCUGUGGGAGAGACAGCGUGCAGACCGCGCGCAGGAGAUGGUCGACUUCCUACAGGCCGAGUGCCAGAUGCACUGCUGCCCAUGCACCAAGGCGAAGCAGUCGCGGAAGAGCCAGAGCCCGCCCCAGAAAAGGCGCCGCGAGUCUUUCGAGUGCCCCGCGGCCGUCGAGGCCGAGAUUGAAGAGAGGGAGGCCCGACGGUCACCGCUGCCCGCGGCCAACACUCUGCGGAUCCAGGAGCCGGAACCCGAGCCCAAGCCUCGAGAGGGCAUCUUCCGCACCGUCUCGGAGCAGGAGGCGGAAGCGAUAGAGGCGGCGCAGCAGAUGGCCGACGAGGCCAAGGCGGAGGCCGAUGCACCGCCCAAGCCCGACGGCGCGGCCAACAACGAGCCUCGCCUGUACGCGAGAACCCCCUCGGUGGACCCGCCGGCCUUUGCGCUGCUGGCCCAGCCGCGGACCUCGCUCGAGUCGCUUCUCCACGCACCGCACGGCGGCGACGCUCAAUACCCGACGGGGCCCCUGCCCACCAUCCGCAGCGUGCCCACGCUCUCCACCGCCGAUGCCGCGCCGCCUGCCGCUCCGUUCCGGCGAGACAACGAGGGAGACGAGGCGCUGGGGGAGGCGCCCGGCGUGCCGAGCCGAGCAUCGCCGGAGCCGCGGCCGCACACGUCUGCGACCAUGUACACGGUGACGACGACGACGGUGCCGGUCCGCGACGACAACCAGCUGCAGUCGUCGGGCUCGUCGUUUGGCGAGAAGCUGCGCACGCCGUCCAACGGCAGCAACGCGCUGGCCAAGAUCCGCGAGCGCCGCGGCAGGGUCAGGAGCGCCGCCCAGGCAGCCGCCACGCCGCGCAAGGUCAGCAGGGUCGCCGAGCGCAGGGACAUGAGCGCCCCGACGGCCAGGACGGGCGGCCCGGGACGCUCAUGA